GCAGACAUUCCUGCUAGCUUGAGAGAUGGACCCUGAAGCCGGCAGAACCAUGGAGCUGGCGGCCCUCGGCCGACCGUUUGGCCUCGGCAUGCUGUACGACUGUCGCCAAGACUUACUGGUCCCUGGAAUGACACUAUGGGACCGUGAUGACCUCGAGAAAGAUACAAGAGAAAGACCAAAACCCAACAGUGACUUUGAGAUAGUUGCAUCUGAAUCAAUUGAAGAUAAAUCAUCAGCCCUGAAUGUUCAAGCAUCCCUAAAGGCGAGUUUCUUGGGUGGACUGAUCGAGGUUGAGGGAUCGGCCAAAUAUCUAAAUGAUCAACGGACAUCCAGCAAUCAGGCCAGAGUAACACUGAAGUACAAAACAACAACAAAGUUCCAGGAGUUGUCAAUGAAUCAUCUUGGAAGAGGCAAUGUGAAGCAUCCUUAUGUUUUUGACCAAGGCAUAGCAACACAUGUAGUCACAGGGAUACUCUACGGGGCUCAAGCCUUCUUUGUGUUUGACCGUGAGGUGUCUCAAACAGAAAAUCAUCAAGAUAUUCAGGGAAACUUGAAGGUGGUCAUCAAGAAAAUCCCCCUCCUUGCCAUAGAGGGUGAGGGGUCCCUGAAAAUGGAAGACAAGGACAAAGCAAAUGUUGACAGAUUCUCCUGCAAGUUCCACGGAGACUUUUGUCUUCAGAACACUCCAACAUCCUUUCAGGAUGCGAUUGAAGUCUACCGAAGCCUGCCGAAAUUACUGGGAGCCAAUGGAGAAAAUGCUGUUCCAAUGAAGGUCUGGCUCUUGCCCCUGACAACUUUAGAUUCUGCUGCUGCUAAACUUGUCCGUCAGAUAAGUAUAAGAUUGGUUCAGGAGGCACAAAGUGUCCUGGAGGACUUCAGUGAGCUUGAAAUGCGAUGCAAUGAUUCAAUGAGAAGUGCCACUGCACAGCAGUUCCCUCAGAUCCGCAAAAACCUGAAAAGUUUUAAAGAAAUGUGCUCUGAGUUCAGACUUGAAUUUCAACGAACCUUAGCGAGGAAACUUCCUCGAAUCAGAGGAGGAGGAGAAGAGGAGUCUGAUCUUGCCGCCAUCCUGAAGAAGAGACAUUCGUCUCCAUUCAACAGCAAAAACCUGACUGAGUGGAUGGACUGCAAAGACAAAGAGAUGAGUAUCUUGAAAUCUUUCACCAAUAUGAUGAAAAACACCAAGGUGAUCUCAUCACAGAGUGGUUUGCAUGAAGAAGUUUUCAGUGUAGAACAUGCACUAUGCUUUGUUUUCACCUCACUGGGAGGUGCCGAGCCGUACCUUUCAGCUUUAUCAAACUAUCUGACAGGAGCAGUCAAACCUGAGGAUCUAAAUCCACACACUCAUGACAUCGAGAGGGACCAGUGGUACCUUUCAAACCAAGUGGCUGAUCAAAUGAGGACAAAGGCAAAGCUCUUCAGUGACUUUGCUGAUGCCAACAGAGACAACAAGAAGGUGAAGUUCCUGACAGUGGGAUUAACAAAUGACACACACAAAGGUUCCAGCAUUUACCUUUAUAAAGACGGCUUCCCCAAGACUGAAAACUUUGAGCCGCCUUCAAAACCUGAAACUGUGACUGCAGCUGACAUAAACCACGACAGUGUGACGCUGAAGAUCUCUCCUCCCAGAUUUGGAGCAGAAAACAUCACGUCCUACUCUGUUGAAUACUGCGUCAGUGGAGAGGAAGAAUGGCAACAAAAGACUGAGUCAAAAGCUGAAGAAGUCACAGUGAGAGGUCUGAGACCGAACACUGAGUAUGUGUUCAGAUGCAGAGCAGCCACCUCAGUGGGUGUUGGACCCGCCACCAUCGUCAGCGAGUCCAUUAAAACCUUACCUUGCAGUCCUCCUGGAGAACCUCAAGUGGAGUCAAACUCAUGUGAGAUAUCUGUCAAGUGGGAGAAGCCGGCGGAGCUCGGACAGGAUGUUGUGAUACUGAGCUACAUUGUGAAGUAUGCCAAAAAAUCAAAAGGUGAAGAAGAGAAAGAUCUCCAGUGGAAACAGAUGAUGGCUACAGGUGAGAAGGCAGUCAUUUCAAAGCUUCAAACGGAGACUGAAUACGCAGUCAGGGUCAGAUGUGACUGUGGUGUUGAUGGCAGCAGCAAAGAAAGCAUCACUGUUCAUGUUUCUACAACCAAACGGGAGUUUGCACGUCUUGCUGAAUACCUGAAACAUAUCAGUGAGAUGACAAACUCAGGCUCGAUUCCAGUUUACAAGCUGCCUCUAGAAGAAGAUGAUUUGGACAUCGAUGGCUGCAGGAGGUUCAACUUUGGCAGAGAAAGCAUGAGGCAGAAUCGGACGAUCAUGCUUCUUGGAGCAACCGGAUCAGGCAAGUCAACUCUCAUCAAUGGAAUGAUGAACUUCAUUGUUGGAGUGGAGUGGAAGGACAGUUUCAGAUUUGAACUUGUUACCGAAGAUAAGUCCAAAUCACAAGCUCACAGCCAGACCACUAAAGUUACUGUGUACAAACUCAACCACCAAGAUGGAUUUAAAGUCCCCUUCUCCCUGACCAUUGUGGACACUCCAGGGUUUGGGGACACGAGAGGUGUGGCAAGAGACAAGGAGAUCACAGAACAGAUUCGAAAGCUUUUCACUUCUGUUAACGGAGUCAGUGAGAUUGACGCUUUGUGCUUUGUGACUCAGGCCGCUCUUGCACGGUUAACAGCCACACAGAAGUACGUGUUUGACUCGGUGCUCUCCAUUUUUGGCAAAGAUGUGGCAGAAAACAUUGAGAUGCUGGUGACUUUUGCUGAUGGGAAACAGCCGCCAGUGCUUGAGGCAAUAAAUGUCUCUGGUGUUCCAUGUCCUAAGAAUGAGUUAGGGCUCCCAGUUCACUUCAAGUUCAACAACUCAGCACUGUUUGCAAGCAACUGCCACAGAGACAACGGGGACGAUUCAGAAGAUGACGAUGACAACUUUGAUGAGAUGUUCUGGAAAAUGGGGGCUAAAAGUAUGGAGAAGUUCUUCACCGCUUUGGAUAAAAUGAACACCAAAAGCUUGCUCAUGACUAAGGAGGUGUUAAAAGAACGAAAGCAGCUGGAAACGGCCAUUGAAGGUCUGCAGCCACAAGUCAAAGCUGGAUUGGCGCAACUUGAAAAAAUAAAGUCGACAAAAGAAAAGAUCAAAGAGCAUGAAACAGUCAUGACUUCAAAUGAAAACUUCCAAAUCGAAGUUGACAUUAUCAGGCCAGUCAUGAAACAACUGACAGAGAAAGGAGUGUAUAUUACCAACUGUCAGAAAUGUUCAAUAACAUGUCACUAUCCAUGUGGAAUCAAAAAUGAUCAUGAAAAACAUGGCUGUGCAUCAAUGAACAAUGGGAUGUGCACUGUGUGCCCUGGAAAAUGUGUCUGGAAUGUGCAUUUCAACCAGACUUACCAGUGGGAGUACGUCCCAGUGAAAGAGAAGCAGACUCUACAAGAACUGAAGAGCAAAUAUGAAAGAGCUACAAAGGAAAAGAUGACUGUUCAGCAACUGAUUGAAAGGCAGGAGGAGGAGAUUGUCAAACUUCAGGAUCUGAUCGUGAACCUCAUGGAUCAGUCGGCCUGCUGUAUUAGCCGCCUGCAGGAGAUCGCCCUGAGGCCGAACCCUCUGACCACUCCAGAGUACAUCGACAUGAUGAUCGAGGGAGAAAAGUCAGAGGCCAAACCUGGCUACCAGGCCCGGAUUCAUUCUCUGGAGGGAAUGAAGGAGAGGGCAAAACUCAUCUCCAAAGUAGCUCAGCGAGACAGACUUACAAAAACUGAUGACGAAUUACUUCAGGAAAGAGAGGAAAAGAAAGAAAAGAAAGGCCUGAUGAAGAAAUUUGCAAAUUUCUUAGGUUUUGAGUAGAAGUCACAUCAAGCUGAAUUGAUGACAGCAGCACGGUGCCGACAGAUCAAGCUAAUGAUCACAUGAUAGGAACACAAUGACAUUAUCACAAAAGAAUUCACCUCUUCGGUCAAUAAAGUGUUUCUAUUCUGUUGCAUUUACUUUAACAUUGAGAUUACUUUUUUCUGUCUCAUGUCACGUUAGCAGUGUGAUUGUGUAAUGUUGGUCAUCAUGUGAAUCUCACCAUGUAUUAUAAAACCACACAGAUGAUUCAAAUCAUAAUUUUCACAAACAUAAUUUCUUUAGAUAUUUUUUUUCCCAAAUGAAUAACAAACUUUAGACAUUCAGAAUUAGUGAGAUUCUGCUGGAACAUUUUACCAGUGAGGAAACUGAUACUUUCUCAUUGUUUAUUUUUAUGGUUGAUCAAAUUUGAAUGUUAAAGCUGAUUGAUAUAUUCUUCAGUAAAGUGAAGUAGCCUCUG